CAGAGCAAAGAGGUUUGGUAAACUACACAGGUGGUGGGUGACAGUUGUUUAACUUGUUUGCUUAGAAGUCGGAAAUUUAUAGAUGCUGUAUUGUGAUAGAACAUAGACACCACUGUCAACUAAGGAUAUUGAAAGGUACGAAUGCCGAUACACGAUGUGACAAGUUUCAAAAUCUUAUAUAACAAUGGGAGGUGAAGAGAACCACCAACAUCAAUAUCGAGAAUUGCUACAGACACUUAAAUCAACAGCUGAAGGCCUGUUAAUUAACCAAGUGUCAAAUGUAUGGAACAUAUACGGUGGCUUAAACAGAUUGCAUCAUGUUAUGGAAAGAAUUUUCAAGCACGGCUGCCGUAUAUUUAAUCAAGAGGGAGAACCAGACUGUUGGAUAUUCAUUCAAGGUCUUAACUGGCUUCAGCCUUCUCUUGCUGUCUCUCCCACCUUUCUCACUGACUUUGACAGAACUGUCUAUAAUCUGCCACCAAAUGUGAAUGAGAAAGCUUUAAUAUGGAUAUACAAAAGCUUGGAAGGCCAUACAUUAUCUCAAAAACUGUCAUGGCUUCUGUCAGACAGAGAACAUUUAUUAUCAUGCUUUGAAAAGACGGCCUAUCUUUGUCAGGAAAAGUAUGGAGAAGCAACACUUAUUUGUUUGAGAGCUGUGGAGCAGAAUCAGCCUUCAUUACUCGCAGAGAUAGAUCCAUGUUUGUAUCUCUCAACAUGGACAUACAAUGAGUUCCAGAAGACACAUCGUAGAUGUUCAUCAUUUCCCGAAACUCAACAUAAAACUUGGCAUUUUGCACACAGUGACUUGUUGGGUUGGAAAAAACAAUGUUCAGAAGACAAUCAAGCUAAUACAACAUCAGUAUAUGCCAAAGCAGAUUACAAUGCACUGAGUAGUGAGAUGAAGGACACUACAUGCAGUUAUGAUUCUGAUAGAGUAAAUUCAUGUGAAGAAGCUACAGAAUCCAUAAUUUCAUGUCAAGAAAGUGAAAAUGUCGAGAAUGGAAACACUGAAAGAAAUAAAGACAUUCGGACUGCAGACGAUAAUAUCUCUGAGAUGUUUUAUAGUAAUACUAAACUAAAGCGUUGGAAAAGUCUUCCAGAUAUUUUGGGAACUACAUUUAUAAUACCACUAUGCAAAAGAAGUUUUUCAGCUAGCACUAAAUCACUGUAUGUGAACAAAGUUUUUUUCCAGUGUACCUCUGGAAGUCAUGUGUCUUUGCCCUGUCCAGCAGAUGAUCCACGGCUAGACCAAGAAAAUUUACAAGGUUCAAAUAUUGGCCAAAUGAUCGAAAAUGUAUCAGGACACCAAGCAUAUUCUAAACUUUCUCCAAGUGUGCUGCAGGUAGAUUACUCAGCAGAACCGACACCAGAUCAUGAACCAGAUUCUUGUGUGACAGACAACAGGUUAGCUGGACAUUGGAAGCAACAAUCUGCAAAACAACAAACCAGAAGUUUGAAUAAAAAACUGACAAAGGGAUGUUCAAAUAACUUCAAAAAACCUAAAACAGCAAUCCCAAAAAAUCUCACAUUGGUAGAAAGCUCAACAAUUGCAAGUAGCACCAGCAGCAGUAGUAGUUCUGACACAAUAAAUGUUAACAGGCAUUUAGCUGAGUCAUCAGAAGUCGUACGCAAAGCAAACAAAACUGCAACAACCUGCAAGCCAAGACCAUCUGACCUAAAUCUGCCAUCUAGGCACUGGAGGAAAAGUGAGAUCAACAGUUCAGGGAUGCCAUCUGCUCGAAAUUUACAAAGAAAACGAAAAACGGGGAUUUCUGGCUCUGUUCCUAACUAUCCUUUCGAGUGGCUUGGUGAUAGACAGCACUGCAAGAAAAGUUUUAUUGAAGAUGGUGGUAGCAGUGUUCUUCCAAUGACUGUUGGAUUUUUUCCUCGUCCCCAGCAAGGGCAAAGCAUCACCAGUUUCCUUUCUUCUGUUCAGUUUGCCCGACCAGCAGCAGAACUUGAUCGGGAGAAUGCACACUUCAGCAUAUCAGAAGCCAUAAUUGCUGCAAUUGAGCAGAUGAAAUGCAAUAGAAAAUUGUGCGUCAGUAGGGAAAAUAAUGCUGUUGGAGAGGAAAGUGAUGAAGAUAUGUAUCAUUUAAAACAGAGAAUUCGCAUUCGCCGCCGCCAGUGCCAAGAAGAAAAACAGCGUCAGGCUUGGAAUACAUCUCUGCUUAGUGAUGGCAAAACUGACACCACAACAACAGAUCAGAGUGUGAGCCCAUUGUCGACAUCACCCGGAACUCCAUCAGAAAGCAUUUCUACAGAUGAUGUAGAUGACCUAGAAAUUGACGAAGUUAAAAAUUUGACAGAACUUAAAGAUGCUGGCCUCUCUGUUUCAAUGGCAUCACUGUAUUCUGAGGCUGAUCUUUCAAGGCCCCCUGUAUCCCGCACAGGAACUGAUGUGCCUCUGACAGAGUCGAUUGUAUCAGCCGAAGGAGUUGCCUUAUCACUGAUACGGAAGUUCAGUGAGAAGCAGCUGCCCCGUGCCUCUGACCUGCAGUGGCUAGUUUCUGAACAGGAUGCUCCACAACAAUUACUCCCUCUUCCAACAAGUUGGCCUAUCAGCCCUGAUGAAGCAGAAGAUAUGGAUAUGCACUUAGCAACUCCCCUCAGGGGAACUAUGGAGUGGGCACCACCUCGUCCACAAGUCAUCUUCACUCCUCACCCACCGCCUGUGCGUAGGACAUUGAUGGUGAAGCAAAACUACCGCUGUGCUGGUUGCGGUAUGAAGGUGGCACCAGAAUAUUCAAACCGUUUCCGUUAUUGUGAGUACCUGGGUCGAUAUUUCUGCACUGGGUGUCACACAGGACAACUGGCACCAAUUCCAGGCAGAAUACUUACAAAAUGGGAUUUUACAAGGAGUCCAGUGUCAACUUUUUCAUAUCGCCUGCUGGACCAAAUGAUUGGUGAUCCACUGUUUGUUAUUAAUGAUUUGAAUCCUGGCCUGUACAGAAAAGCUAAACAGUUAGAAAAAUGCCGACAACUGAGGUUGCAGUUGUUUUACCUGAAGGAUUUUGUAUUUUUAUGCAGAUUUGCAGAAAGUCUGCAGGAAGGCUUCAGAAGAGAGCCCACGUAUAUUUAUACCCAGGUGGACACUUACUCUAUACAGGAUCUCAUUGAAGUGAAGAAUGGUACAUUGCUGUCAAGAUUAUCAGAAUUAGUAAAUGCUAGUCUAGCUCACACAGAGGACUGUGAGCUAUGUCAGGCACGUGGAUUUGUGUGUGAGCUGUGCCAUGCAGCACACGAUGUAAUAUUUCCUUGGCAGCUUGGAACAGUGACUCGAUGUGGUAACUGUGGUUCCUGUUUCCAUUCGGCCUGCUGGUCUCCAGCACCUUGUCCCAGAUGUGAAAGGAUUAGUGCACGCAGAAAAAGCUGUGAGGAAAUACCAGAACCUGUUGAACCUCCUUAGGUCAAAGUCUUGUAUAAGACUUCCCUUUGAUACAUUGAAAUCUGUCAUCCUGCUUCACUUCUCACAAAUUAGAUCUCUUAUUAAGCACAGGUAGUGAAAAUGAAAGUAUUGUUGGAAGAAAAGAAGAAGUGAUGAUUAGUUAAUGCAUGUAUUAUUGGCAUGUCUAAGUUUAUUUGUUUUAAUCCUCAGGGAUAAUUUUAUUAGUGUAUCAGGUAAGAUUGUUACACAUUGAAGGACAAUAGCACAAGCUUUCUGAAUUUUAAAGUCAAACAUUUAUUAUUAUUAUUAUUAUUAUUAUUAUUAUUAUUUGUUUUCCAUACUGGGACAUAUGUUCCAUGCUGGAACAUAUGUUAUGUAAUUGUUUUUAUAGCCAUCUUUAAUCUUUUAAAUCUGAUGUCAGUAAGUAGUAUCCACCAGUUGCAUCAUUUUUUGCUGUUUUAUAGAGAUGUAUUUCACAGAGAAUAAAAGGUAUGAGACUAUCAUCAACAAAAGGAAUAAUGAUGAUAAAACUGAUGAGCAGUAUAUCGCAUGAAAACUGAAAUUUUCAUGAUUUUAACAACUGCAGUAUCAGUAUUCAUAGCAACUUAUAUUGUUGCUAUUU